AUGACUGAAGAUAUCGCCGGCAAUGAGGGCGAUUACUUCGCAAUGGAGUCGCGCUCCCGCCCAGAGUCGCCCAGCUCGAUACGUAGCGAUCCCAUGUCUAUGCACUUGACUGCACCCUCAGCCACCAUUGCAUCCCUCACCGCGCUGCAAUACUUGCCAAUCCCAGUCCUUGUCUUGUCGUCACAAAAGACUGUAAUACUAGCCAAUGAAGCCAUGGGCCGCUUGUUCAACAUUGAUUUUGAAAGUAUUCAUCAUCUCUCCAUAACAGAGGCCUUGCAGGGCAAGACCAUGGGAGAACUGGGUAUAGAUAUUAUACAAAACGGUUCUCCGAUCUUGAUCACAUGGGAGGCCUUCCUCGAUUGCGUUGUAAACGAUGCAGUGGCGGACAACGUGGACACAGACGGAGAUUCUUAUAUGGCGAGCGGGCACACCACACCCACUGCAGACAACACCGGUUAUCAACAGGGAAACGAGCAAGCCCAAUCUCUGCCGCCUCUGAGUAGUACAAACCUUGCACGGACUACGGUACAUGAUGUAUCUAUGGAUGUGGUUGUCGUACCACUUGCUCUAGGCUCCGACGACACCCUGAAAAAGUGUGACAGAAAAGGAUCAUACAAUGACGCAGUACAAGCAUCAUGCAUCGUUUCAAUAUGGAGCAUUGAAGACACUCAAUACUACACGUUGACCUUUACAAGCGCAACACAAGCCCAAAAUUCCAAGAAGGCACAGCCCUCUACGCGCAUGGUAAAUCGUACAAAUACCGGAGUGAGGCUCGACAAGUCGCGCAGUUCGGGCUCAAGUACAUCUUCAAGUCGACGUUCCAACAACAGCUCAAAUCCUGCAUCCAAGGUUGUCACGCCCACCCUGCAGCAGCCAGAGUUCCCUCCCCGUGGUCCUCCUAGCAAAAACAAGGGUGACAUUGCAAAUUCCGCAUCUGUCUUUCAGAAGGCAACACAGCUCAAAGAUGCCAUUCUUAAUUCUAUUACUAUGCCUGCCUACGCAAUGUGGAAAGACGAGAGUUUUGGUAUACCAAACAAAGCGCUACUGCGACUCGUGCCCAAAGACACUGCUUACCUUUCUGGCGACCAAAGAGAUUUCCUUGCGCAGUUCUCGUGUUGGACUGAAGACUUCCAACGUCGCCUUCCGAUAGAAGAAUUCCCUAUAAUUGAGGUCUGCCGCCACAAGAAAAGAGUCGAGAAACAACGGCUUGGCAUUAGACACCCUGUGACAGGCUCUGGGAUGGUGUACGAAGUCAACGGCGAACCGGUGUUCCAUGAAGAGACUGGAGAAUUUCUUGGCGGCAUUGUGGUGUUCAAGGAUGUUACAGAAUACACCCAGAAGAUUGCGGAGCAAAUUGAGCAGAACGAAAAGCAAUUUGAGUACAUUGCAAACUUUAUGCCCGUCAUGGUAUGGACGACUACCCCGGAUGGCAUGCACGAUUGGUUCUCGAAGAGAUGGUACGACUACACAGGCUUGACAGUGGAGAGGUCUUUGGGCGAAGGCUGGCGGCUUCCAUUCCAUCCUGACGAUAUGCGUGCAACCGCUGAACGCUGGUUCCAUUCGCUGAAAACGGGGGAUGAGUACAACACAGAAUACAGGUGUCAACGUUUCGACGGACAGUGGCGCUGGAUGUUGGGGCGGGCUGUACCCUUCUACGACGACGCAGGCCGGAUAGUGAAGUGGUUCGGCACCUGCACUGACAUUCAUGACUUAGUGCUGGCACGUCAAGAGGCGCGACAAACAAGGGAGCAACUGCAACAGGUCAUCCAACACGCAAAAAUUGUCUUGUGGGUCAUCGACCGCAAUAAUCGGGUCAAGGUGCUUGAGGGUGAGAUUGAUGCCAACGAACACAUGCCAAAGGACCAACUGCUUGGUAGAGACGUAUACGACGUCUUUGCAUUUACUGAUAAUAACCGAGAGCGUUGGCGCGGGCCAAUCCAGGAAAUCCUCCAGGGCAAACAGUCGGAUGAAAUCGUUAAUGGCGGUUACAUGUCUGAGAAUCGCUAUUACCGAACCCGCUUAGUGCCGCUGAUGAGCACGUCGCGAACAGCAGGUAUCGAAGGGCAAGCAUUUGUGGAUGGCGUUAUUGGCGUCUCGAUGGACAUUACAGAACUACGGGAAAGAGAAGAGCAGCUGAAGGAGCAGGAAAAGGAAAAUUCAAGGCUUCUAGCCAAUGAGGCAGCAGCGAAAGAAGCCAGCCGGAUGAAGUCUCAAUUCCUGGCCAAUAUGUCCCACGAAAUCCGAACGCCCAUAGCUGGAGUUAUUGGUAUGAGUGAGCUCCUGUUCGAUAUGGAUCUCAACGAGGAGCAAAAGGAAUGUGCCGAGAACAUCCAUCGAUCAGCAAACAGUCUCUUGACGGUGAUCAAUGACAUAUUGGAUUUCUCCAAGGUGGAAUCCGGGCGGCUGGAUGUUGAAGAGGUGCAGUUCAGUCUCAGCGUGGUGCUCAGGGAUGUUAACAAGAUGAUGGCCUUUGCGGCCAACAGAAAGGGGCUGGAAUAUCAGAGUUUGAUCCAGGACGAAGUACAGUCAGAUCUACGAGUCAUUGGAGACCCAGGCCGACUUCGCCAGAUCCUUACCAACGUCCUCACCAAUAGCAUCAAAUUCACGUCUGUAGGGACUGUCCAACUGUCCGUUUCUAUCAGCCAUGAAACAAAGGAGACGGUCACAGUCAACUUCAGCAUUGUCGAUACAGGCAUCGGAAUUGAAGAAGAGGUUCGCAAACGGCUAUUCCAGCCUUUUAGUCAAGCAGACUCAUCUACGGCUCGGAGGUUUGGUGGAACUGGCUUAGGACUGACUAUCAGUAAGAACCUGGUUGAGCUCAUGAAGGGCCAAAUAUGGCUUGACUCCAAGCUGGGACAGGGUACUACGGCCACAUUCUGGAUCCCCUUCACCCGAGCCCCCUCACAGGAUGGUGAAUCUCCGUUGGUGCAUCUGGAGUCCAUACCAGAUCGACUUCAGAGUGACAUGUCGGUCUCCUGUGGAAGCUCUGAAGGCCAUACGCCACCAUUGACCCCACAAGUGUCCAAUGGAACUUCAGCUUACCCAAUGUUCAAGUCGGCCAUACCGGAUCAGUUCAUGAGUCUUUCUGAGAGUGAAAGACAUAAUGUCCAUGUGCUGGUUGUCGAAGACAACCACAUCAAUCAGCAAAUCGCCCUCAAAACGAUUAAAAAGUUGCACUUUUCAGUUAACGCAGUGUGGAACGGCCAGGAAGCACUUGAAUACCUGGCCAAGGAAUUCGGCCCGUCACAUCCACGUCCGGACAUCAUCCUCAUGGACGUCCAGAUGCCCAUUCGAGAUGGUUACUCUGCCACGCAUGCUAUUCGGACAGAAGCUCCUUGGCGCAACAUGCCCGAGGUUCAGGGUGUUCCUAUUGUUGCCAUGACAGCUAGUGCAAUUCAAGGGGACAAGGAAAAGUGCGUGUCGUGUGGAAUGGAUGAUUAUCUGGCGAAGCCAGUAAAAGGAAAGCUUCUGGAGAAGAUGCUUGUCAAGUGGGCACUCGAAGGACGGCGAAAAGCGGCAAGGGAAACGCCUUGCACAAAUGACAAGGAUCGACGGAGCAAAACAGUUCCGAACCCUGGAAACAGCUUUAGCGCUAGUGAUCACCCGCGAACGGCAGGCAUGUCUCUGGAAUCUGAAACGACGGCGCAAGCACUGACCGCAGAACUUGACCGCCUCCACUACCAGAGCGAUGCAGCGUUUGCCAGGUCCAGCGAAAAUGAGAGUGAAAGAGCCAUGCGACGUAUCCAUGCGGAGGAGAGGGAUAGGAAAUUGCGGGAUGAGAAGCUCUUCUCGCUCGUGGGGCCUCAACUGCUUCAUCACAAGGCGUCCGAGGGGCCCCACAGCGAGCCGUCAAUGCCUUUGACAGUGGAAAACAUUGAGAAGCUGGUGCACGAACAAGACGCGGAUGGCUCUAUUACGAGGAAAUCGCCCUCGCCGGACGAGAUGGACUCGGGUGCUACCGACCAUGCGCCUCACAGCGUGAGCGAGGACAAUAAUCACUUGGGCGUGCCCCGACCGGGACUGCAACAGGUCCGGAAUCGUGAAAGCGAACAGACCAUUGUUGAGCAAGUGGCUCGAUGA